AUUUUAUCCCAUUGUACAGAGGCAGCCCCAGCCAUAGAGAGACAGAGCGCUCCCAGAGAACCAGGACUCCGCCAUCUUCACAUUGCAAUAUAUAAUAGUAAUAGCCAGCACUAGCCCAGCUGCACUGGGGGCUUCCUUCCUUCCAGUCCCAGUGCCAGGCGAGGGGGGAAGAGUGCAAAGUGGUGCAGGAGCACUGGCAAUCCAAAAGCACCAGGGCAAAGCAGUGCCACUUGAGCUGGGAAAGAGGAGACACAGUUUUGGCUACCCCUUUUCAAAAAAAUUCUCUCUAUAUACCCAGCAAGGGUCAAGCCCUGAAAAACAUUUUUUUGGCAAUUUUUGUGUGUGCGGGCAAUCCCAAUUCUAGUACUUUUUUUUUUUUUUAAUAUUCCUGCUUUUUUUUUCUUUAAUUUUUUCUUUUCUUUUUUUUUUUAAUUUUUUUUUUUAAUUUUUUUUACCCUCCUGGUGGAAAAGCGCACUUGCCAAUUUGUCAAGCACUCUGGAAAGAGGGAAAGAGAAAAGUGUCACUGGCGGUGCAUAUCCUCCUAAGUUCAAGAAGAGAACUGGAAGUCCAAGUGGCAGAAGCAGUGAAGAAAAGACAGAGUGUGUGAAAGAGAAAAAGAGCGAGAAAGAGCUUUUCCUGAUCAUCACGAUGAUGAUUUUUAAUUGAGAAGGGAUCCCAUCCAGUGCACCACAGCAGCAACAAAAAGGAGGCUUUCUUUUUUCCUUUUUAUUUUUUUUUGAAAGAAGAAGAACUCGAUAAAGAAGAAGAAGAAAGGGGGGAAAAAAAAGAGGAGGAGGAUCGCCCCCCCAACACAUCUCCCCGAACCAGUGCAGCUCUCCAGGCGAUGCCAGUGUAAAUGCCAGGGCAAUGUCCCGUCGCAAGCAGGGAAACCCUCAGCACUUGUCACAAAGAGAGAUUAUCACACCAGAGGCUGACCAUGUGGAACCGGCACUCCCCGACGAGGAUGAGACCCUGGCAAUAGCGGAGCCGGGCGGCAUCGGCAUCGCUGCAGGUGGGACAGACCCCGACUUAUUAACCUGUGGACAGUGUCAGAUGAACUUCCCGCUGGGAGACAUCUUGGUUUUUAUAGAGCACAAGAGAAAACAGUGCAAUGGCACUGGUGGUACCUGCUAUGAAAAGAGCAUGGAUAAGAGCAGCCCUCCCCCCUCCUCACGCGCCGAGCUCAGGAAAGUGUCAGAGCCAGUGGAAAUCGGGAUCCAAGUCACACCCGAUGAAGAAGAUCGUCUUCUCACGCCUACAAAAGGAAUUUGCCCCAAGCAGGAGAACAUUGCAGGGCCGUCCAGGCCUGCAAACCUGCCGGGGGCUCCCAUAGCUGCCUCCUCCCACCCUCACACAUCCGUGAUCACGUCACCUCUCCGCGCACUGGCCUCCCUCCCGCCCUGCCUUAGCCUGCCCUGCUGUGGUACACGUGCAGUCUCAGUUGGCGGGACUCAGACUGAGAUUCAGACUGAGACGUCAGGCACAUUUGGAUGUCAUUGUCAGUUGUCAGGUAAAGAUGAGCCUUCAAGCUAUAUUUGCACAACAUGCAAGCAGCCUUUUAAUAGUGCUUGGUUCUUGCUUCAGCAUGCCCAGAACACACAUGGAUUCCGCAUCUACCUGGAAACAAGCCCUUCAAACAGUUCCCUUACUCCACGCAUCACCAUCCCUCCUCCUCUGGGACCAGAGACUGUUGCACAGUCCCCGCUGAUGAAUUUCCUUGGAGACAACAACCCUUUCAAUCUUUUACGGAUGACAGGACCCAUCUUGCGUGAACACCCUGGCUUUGGUGAGGGUCGGCUCCCAAACACGCCUCCACUGUUCAGCCCGCCACCUCGUCAUCAUCUGGAUCCACAUCGCCUUAGUGCCGAAGAAAUGGGGUUAGUUGCCCAGCAUCCCAGUGCCUUUGACAGAGUUAUGCGUUUAAACCCCAUGGCAAUUGAGUCCCCAGCGAUGGAUUUCUCCAGAAGGCUUCGAGAGCUGGCAGGAAACAGUUCCACCCCUCCGCCAGUCUCGCCCAGUCGUACCAACCCUAUGCAUCGCCUAUUGAAUCCUUUCCAGCCAAGUCCUAAAUCACCUUUUUUGAGCACCCCGCCACUGCCUCCCAUGCCCCCCAGCAGCACUACACCUCCCCAGCCUCAGGCCAAGAGCAAGUCCUGUGAAUUUUGUGGGAAAACAUUCAAGUUCCAGAGUAACCUUAUCGUGCACCGGCGCAGUCACACAGGAGAAAAGCCCUACAAAUGUCAGCUCUGUGACCAUGCUUGCUCCCAAGCCAGCAAGCUAAAACGCCACAUGAAAACGCAUAUGCAUAAAGCUGGCUCCAUGACGGGCAGGUCAGAUGAUGGGCUGUCCACCACUAGUUCUCCUGAGCCAGGCACAAGUGAGCUCACUGGAGAGGGACUGAAAUCCAGUGAGGCAGAUUUCAGGAACGAGAGCGAUCCUUCCCUGGGCCAUGACAAUGAAGAAGAGGAAGAAGAGGAGGAGGAGGAAGAGGAGCUGGAAAAUGAGAGCCGGCCAGAGUCGAGCUUCAGUAUGGACUCGGAGCUGAGUCGUAACCGAGAAAAUGGCUCUAAGUCGCUGCCGGAUGAGAAAUCCCUUGUCCUGGGAAAAGUCAUCGAGAAUGUAAGUCUAGGUGCCAUCCAGCAAUAUAACGACAUGCUAGCUGAAAAACAGAAGAGGAGUAGUUUCAUGAAAAGGUCUUCUGACCAGCGAGACUUGUGUCCUCGAGACCUCUGUCCGAGAGAUCCAGGUGAUGAAGACUCAGUGGUAGGAGAGCUAGACCGCACUGAUGAAGGGACGGUCAAUGGAAGAAACUUUGGCCCGGGUGAACCCUUCCCAAACUUGUUCCCCCGUAAGCCAACGCCUAUCACGAGCCCCAGUUUAAACAAUUCCUCUAAAAGAAUAAAGAUCGAGAAAGAUUUGGACUUGCCACCAGCAACGAUAAUACCUUCUGAAAACGUUUACUCCCAGUGGCUGGUAGGGUACGCAGCAUCGCGGCACUUCAUGAAGGAUCCGUUCCUCGGAUUCACAGACUCCCGACAAUCCCCCUUCGCAACCUCUUCCGAGCAUUCAUCAGAGAAUGGGAGCCUGCGUUUCUCCACCCCACCGGGGGACAUGCUGGAUGGGGGGCUCUCAGGGCGCAGUGGCACGGCAAGCGGAGGCAGCACCCCCCACAUCAGCGGUCCCGGUCCAGGGCGACCCAGUUCGAAGGAAGGGCGCAGGAGCGAUACAUGUGAGUACUGUGGCAAAGUCUUUAAGAACUGCAGCAAUUUGACGGUGCACCGUCGGAGCCACACUGGAGAGCGGCCUUACAAAUGCGAGCUCUGCAACUAUGCAUGUGCCCAGAGCAGUAAGCUGACGCGCCAUAUGAAAACGCAUGGCCAGAUAGGGAAGGAGGUCUACCGCUGCGACAUUUGCCAGAUGCCCUUCAGUGUUUACAGCACCCUGGAGAAACAUAUGAAAAAGUGGCAUGGAGAACAUUUGCUGACAAAUGACGUCAAAAUUGAGCAGGCAGAAAGAAGCUAAGGCCGCUCCCCCCCCU